GAGAAGAGCGCAGUGGUAGCCACAGGAGCAAUCCACCAAACUGGCGUGGAGCAUCCAACAUUGGGCUGGGUUUGGUCCACAGCAGUCUCAAAGACAUGCAAAAAGUGGAAAGACGAAGAAUCAGCAGAGCACCUGACGCUCCAGAUGAAGAUGGUACCGAACCACUACCACUUCAAGAUCAGCAUGCUAUGAAUCGUUCUGUUGCUGAAUUCUUUGCAAGAAACGAACUUGCGGAAGUUCUCAGCGCACCGCAUGCAGUAUUUGCAGACGACGAAGAGCUGCCACAUCAUGACUGGUGGGGAUUUUUGAUGGAUCAGCGUGAGAAGCAGCACCUGUUCUACUUUCAUGCAAUUUUGAUGUAUGCGGGCGUGCGUGGUGGAUGCAUCCAUCCAGAGUCUGACUUGCUUGCCUCAUAUGACCUGGCAUCUUUUGUGCGCAGCUAUGAGGAGGAUUUAGUCAGAGCAUGGCCCCGGCAGGAAUUCAUUCAUGGUCGCUUGACGGGCUAUCACCAUUUUGUCCAUGCAGCUAUCUCUUUGGCGCGUAAAUAUUUUGGCGACAAGUGGCCAGUGGUAUCAUCGCCUACGUGGUCCAGAGACAGCAAACUUGCGAACAUCAAGAUUCCCAAGGAAGCAGUGGGACCUUUCGCGUUGAAAGCAUUGUGCCAGGGCGGAGUCGAUUCACUGGAUAUAUUGGAUAAACCAUCUCAUGAUAGCAGCAGUGGUGCUGGGAUAUCUGGACAGCAGACAGAGCAAAAUCCUGCAGAAGUGAGGACCAUCAGGAUCCAGCGAGAACCUGAAGAUGCUGAAGCUGCCAAGGCCCACCAGAAACGCAGGAUAUCUGACUCCAGUAGCUCCAAGGGAGAACCGGAUACUAGCCAGGAUGACCCUCCAAGCCAGAAAAAGAAAAAGAGGCGAGUCAAUCAGGAGGAGGAAUUUGCAAAGUCGAUCCUGCGGCAGAAAGGCUUGGACUUCAACAAUCAUUUCCAGGGUGAGCACAAAGGAUCUGGGCAUGGCUCUGAGCAUUGGAAGCUCUUUUUGAAAGGUGUCGCAGGACAAGCUGAUAUCACAUGUAGCAUUUGCCAGAGACUGAUCACGUCCUUUGGAAUCAACACUUCCGCUGAAACUCCCACCAAUGUACCGGAAGCUCCCAGUGAGACCGCACUGACAGCUUUACAAGACCAAGCCAGUGCUUCACAAGAUCCGGCAGCUUUGCAGAGUCUUGCUGUUGUGCAGCUCUCUGAAUCUCCACCAAAGAAGCGAAGUAGGGUAGGCCGUCCCCGCAAGAUUGAGCAGGACGUGGAUCAAUUCAACCUUGUUGAAUAUCUUCAGCAGAAACGACCAGGAAACGACAUGAGAGCAGUGGCAUGCACCAAGCAGCGCUAUCAGUACAUGGAGCUCAUUGAGACCUGGGCUGAGCGUAGUUUCUGGAUCGAUCUUGUCCAUGCAACUUUGCAAGGGAAUGCAUGCAGCCAGUUGCAGAUAGCUUCCAAGAUGGUGUCUCUCUUUCCAAUCCUGGACAAGAAUGAGCUUGAGAAGAUAUCCUACAGCGACGCAUUGAGACAUUGCAAGAACUUUUUCCUGAAUGUGCCCCGGAAGUCUAUGUGCCCAGCUCUUUUGCGCUUCUUGGAGUUGAACCUCAAUUAUUUGACGCCGGGCGUGGUUCGUGCAUAUGUGGAGGCUGUUGCAAACGGUGAUUUGACACACACCGAGCUCCGUGUCACGGAACUGGUGGCGCAGGGCCGGCUACGAGCAGAUCAGAUUACGCGGUUGCUGGUCCCCGCUCUCUUGGACAAGAGUGACAAGCUGGCUCGUGGCAAGGUGCGUCGCACUGGAAAUGCAGCACUUUGUGAAGCUGGUGUUCAGGAGAAGGGUCAAGCCAAUAGAGACCAGCUGGUUGAGGCAAUCAAAAACGCGAUUGACUGCCUGCAGAAUGUGGAAGGUAGCCGUUCAUUCAUGUUGAUCCGUGAUGAAACAGUGUACAGCAAGUCCUUCAACAUGCUGUAUGGACUCAGCGAGGACAUGCCUUGCGUGGUGGGAGGUGUCCAUCCCAGAUGUCCUCGACAUGCGCUCACGGGACGGGACGUACACAGCGAUCAAGAAGCAGCGCAUUUCUUGAACCCUCGGUAUCUCCAGACGUGUCGUUACGAUGACACCGGUGUGAACCUUCUGCAGUUCAUCAAUGCGCUGACAACCAGCGGCUGGCACAUUUCCACACUCUUGACGGCGGAGCAGAUUGCCAAGAAUGCACUCACAAGCUAUUUCCUUAUCCUGCUGUGGAUCAAGGUCAGGCAGGUCAGUCCACUCCCCUUCCCCAGGUAUUUGCUGCUAGUUGCUCUUAUUGGACAUGUGCACCUGUGGGCAUCAGCAGAAUAUGACAGUUGGCGUAUCUUGCUUGUGCCCACAGGACCUGUGGAUUUCAAAUUCCAGCAGUGUGCAACUGCUGACCAAUUCGUCCGCAGUUGCACACUGCUGGAAUUUGGAUAUCAAAUUGGCAUUAAUGCAAGCAUGGGUGCAGUGAACUGGCUGGAAUUGUCAGCCACAUCACCUACUCUGGAAUCCAAACUCAGCCGCCGUUGGGGGCUGAGUUUGGAUUCCAGAGUAGGCGCCAAUGCCACAUUCGUAUGGGUGCAGUGGGUCCUGGCAGAAUCUCUGCCAGAAGCCACUGGGCCCAUGGCUCACAUCGAAAUCCACCACCAGAUUCAUCCCAAACCUUGGUAUGAAUCCAUUGGCUCCUUCAGGGCCCAGGCUGGAACCCUGUGUUUUCGCCAAUGCGACAUUCGUAUGGAUCCAUUGGCUCCAGCGUCUCGGUCGACUGAGACGCCUGCCACUGCUGGAGGGAACAGCAUCCGUUCAAAUUCCAUCAUGGGUGAAGUUGCUAUGGACAAGACCUUGCAAAGCGAAUCGCUCGACGAGAUUUUGCGGAGCAGCUGCACCCAUGCUGAGAUUUCAAUGAAACGGCGGCAGCCACUGCAGGCGGAACCGUUGUCUCAACAGUUCCACCUGCAGUGGCAGCCACAGGCUGCCAAAUGUGAGUACAAGCGGCGACGCUGUCCACUCAAGGUUUGCGGGUGGGACAUUUGCCAAGUGUCUCGCUUCAUGAAGCAGUAUAUCAAGGGCAAGGCCAUCAGCAUUUUUCCAUCAGAUGGUUAUUUGGGACACUUUGCAGACAGAGGAGCAAAUGGUUUGCACUACAUUGUGCAUCACCCGGAUGUGGAGUACAGAGUAGCCAAGCAAGAGCACAUCAUGAUUGUCAGGGACAAGCUCGGCGGUGAUUGCAUUCAGAUACGUAGCACAGAUUGUUCGAAUGACAAUGCUGGUGGCAGAACCUUCAUUGUGUAUUUUUUCACUCAGUUGUGGAAGUGGAAGGAAGGCUGCAGAAAGGAGCUUCCACUACGAGAGGAUGAUGCUCCAGGAGUAGUUGACCAAGUGCUUGAAAUGGAUGCGGACCAUGACUGCAUUUUUACGCACCGAUAUGCUGGUGAUGAGAAGUGUACAAUUUCAACCUCGGCAGAUGGAUUACCUACGUUGACCACAAAGUCAGAUGACGGCAUGGUGAACAUCAGAAACAUCAAGGACAUAUUUCAUGAGUUGACCAAACAGAAUCCAACCUCUGCAGGAGCGCGGAAAGGUGGAGGAGGCACAGGAACUUCUGCGUUUGGCCGGCCGAACUGCUCUGUGAAGGCCCAACAUCUUGUCAUAGCCUCAGGGCAUAGCAUCUCAGAUGACCAUGACUUGAACUGUCCCACGGGCAUCCUUUGGGACCAGGAGCUUGGCCAAGACAUGACAGCUGAGGAAGGCAAAUCUGUUGAGAAGAAGAACAGGUUGGGCCGUGGGCUCAAAGUUGAGUCGAGGUCGAACAGCAAAGAAGAAAACGGCCUGAUGUGCCGGACGGAGCUCCACAAUGCCGUCUGCCGGGGUGACGAAACGUGCGUCCAGCAGCUGCUGCAAAAUCGCGCAGCUGUCGAUGCCAAUGACGGAAGCGGCCGGACACCACUCCACUUGGCCAGCGAUGCUGCCAGUGAGGUCGGAGUCAAACUCAUCGAGCUGCUGCUGGAGGCCAGGGCCACGACUGAUGCCACAGACCUCAGCGGUCUCACUCCCUUGAAUUUGGAGUGCGACUCCAAAUACGCGGAAGCGGUGGCAGUUCUGCAGAGUGCUGAGGGCUCAUCAAGAGUUCCAGAAGGGAUGGCCGAGGAUUACGGCGGGACAGAGGAUCAGUUGAACACACAGCGCGCAGAGCUCUCGGACUACUUCGCCAAGAGGUACUUGGCCGGCGAGCUCUACGAUGGUAGCUGCUAUUCCAACAGCUAUGUAGGGGAACUCGGGACCUACAAAUACGAAGCUUCCGAUGGAGAUGUGAUGGUUUGGCAGCAUGCCUUCGACUUGCGAGCAUUUGGCUUGAAAGGCGAAGAAGUGGUCACUUUGUACCACUACACCGACGAAAAGGCCUUCCGCAACGUCGGAAACUUGGAGCAGACGGCCGCGCAGCUCUUUGCGUCCCUGGUGGACGAGCGCGCUCACUUCGGCAAGGGCCUGUAUGCCACGCAGCACGAGCCUGCCGCUGCUCGGCUGAAAUGUGAUGCGGAACGCCCGACCCCGGAAGAGGCUCAAAAAGGGAUGCCCAGUGGGGCAACGGCAGAGAGGCCAGACAUGGCAGUGAAGACGGUGAAAGAUUCAGCUGGCCAGGAUGGGGAAGUGCAGCAUGCAGCGGCCGAAGCGGAUUCCAUCCUGGACCUUCAGCAGCUUCGGCUGCGGAUGCUCCGCGCCAGCGCGGGCGAGGACGUGUUGAUGGCAGACUGCAUGUUCGAGCUGGCGCGGAGGCUGGACGGCCGCGCCCGGUAUGAUAGUAUGGAGAAGCGGAAGAGCUGUACAGAGAGUGCUUGCGAAUCCGCCUGGAUCUCAGCUUCCCAAGGAGCUACGGUCAUCGCUUUGGUUUUGC